AUGCUUAAAAGGGAUAGUUUAGCAAAUCUCCAUAACAAAGAAACAAGAAGAUAUUCGCAAAGUAAGAAAACUUUCAAUUAUGAGUAUCCGGAAUAUUUGACGUUGUGCCUUGAGGAGUAUAAAAAUAAUAUAUACGAUUUAGAUUUAAUAAAUGACAAUGAAGAAUGUAUGCGUGAAUUGGUAAACUAUUAUAAUUACAUAUAUCGGAAUUGUUAUGAAAAUGUGGUGAAUUUUUUUGAGAGCAAUAAUAAUGAAAAGACAUAUGGAAAUGAAAAUUAUGUAUUAAAAUUUGAUUUAUUAAAUAAGCGCCAUAUAGAAUGCUUAUACAAUAUAAGUAUUUUUAGUAUUUCGGAUAAACUUAAAUAUUAUAUGUUAAGAGGAGAAAUAAAAAAAAAAAAUGAUUUGGCAAACGGGGAUAAUAUAAUAGAUGGUGAAAGAAAUAAUGAAAAUCGAGGCAUUAAGAAAAUGCUAUUUGCAAAUGAUGGAAUUAAACAUAAUAAUAGUAACACUAACUUAAUAGAGGACUUUACAAAUAAGACAAAAUAUUUAGAUAAUAAUUCCAAAGUAUAUACAAAUGAUAAUGUGCCACCAAAUGAAGUAAAAAAAGACAAUUUUGAUAUAAUAAAAUAUAUUUUUUAUGUUAUAAGAUUAGUUGAAUAUUCUUUAAGUACACAAAAUAGGAAUAUGUCAUCAUUUUAUAAUAAUAUAAAAGUAUAUUUUUUUCGAGAUAAUACGAAUGAAAAUUAUUAUAACAAUAUUUAUUUAUUAACUUUAUGUUUACACUGUUUGGAAAAUAUAAGUAGCAAUAUAGCUACAUUUAACAUAAGAGAUAUAGAAAAUGAAGAAUUGUUUGGAAAUGAACAAAGUAAUAGUGGAUAUAUUAGUAGCGAAAAUGUUAAUGAUUUACAAAAUGAUAUAAAAAGAAAAUUUACCAAUUCCAAUUUUAGAAAUCAAUCAGCAACAAGUGAAAUUAACUCCAAUUUUCAUCAAAGUAAUGCAAUUAAUAACAAUAAUGAUAACACAAAUGAUAUGAAUGGAAUUAACAAUAAAACAUAUUUAAGACAAAAUAAAGAUAGUAACAGUUUCAGGAUAUACAAUAAUAAUAUUUAUUUUUAUAAAAUAUUUUUUUAUUUAUUAAAUUUGUUAAACUUUUACUUAGAAGAUAUGAUAAAAGAUAAGUCUUUAUUAUAUAAUGAUAUGAUUAAAUUACAUGCAGAUUAUAAUAUGCGUAGAAAUAGAAAAGAUAGUAUGUUUGCUUCGUCUAAUGCAUUAAACGGAACAGCAAAUAACAAUAUGUCAUCAUUUGUAGAUGGGAAGGAUGAAUUGUUUUUUCUGGGAAAAAAUAAAAUAUCUUAUUGUAAUAUAUUAUUGAAAUGUUUGAAUAUUAUUAACAAUUUAAUGAAUUUAGAUUUCGUUAGAGAAAAUAUUAUGAAUUCAAACAAUGAUCUAAAUGAAUUAAAGAUAUUUUUAUCGAAAUAUUAUAAAUAUUUAAAUGAAUAUGAAGAUGUUGAAAUUUAUAAACAAUUUUAUAUGAGCUUAUAUAAAACAUAUAUAUUAUUUUUUCCAGAAGAGUUGGAAAAAGAAAAUUAUUUUUCGCCAAUGCUAUUUUUUGAAAACAUCGUAAAUAAUGGGAAUAUAAUGAGAAUGAGGACUAUUGUAGACACGCUUAUAUAUUGUUUUAAUGAUAAAAAGUUUGUUUAUUUUUUUGAAGAAAAUAUAAAUAUAACUAAAGUACUUUUCAUUUUUGUUACAUAUUCUUCCAGAUUAUUAUCAAAUAAGCAUUAUGAAUUAAUAACUAAUAUAUCAUUUCUUUUUUACAUAAUUUUGAUAAAAUUUCCAAAUAUUUCGAUAACAAUAUUUCACAUUUUGAACGAAAAUAAUGAUUAUAUUAUGAAAUAUAAUGAAGAUAAAAAAUUUAACUCGAUUUUUAACAACAUAAAUGAAAAUAUAAACAUGUUAUUCUUAUCGAUUAUUCAUAAAAAUAAAAAUUUAGCAACUAUCAAUUCUCUUAUUUUUUCAAAGCUCAUACAUUUAUAUUCCCAAUUUUGUGUAAAAAAAAAUAAUUUAGAUAGCAUACAAACUAAUACAAAUAAUCACUUUACUUAUGGAACUUAUCUAAGUACAAAUAAUUUUAGUUCGAGAAAUUCAAAUAUGUUAUAUAUGAAUGAAAAUAGACAAAGUGGACCCAAUGCAAAUAAUAUGAAUUAUUCUUAUGCAUCAAAUAAUGAAAACGAUCCAAAUAAAUUACAGAAGGAAAUAUUUAUUUCUGCGUUUAAUAAUAUAAAAUUAAAUGAAAGAAACAUGGUUAUAAAAGUUAUAUUAACUACCUUACAUAUAAUUCCAGGUUCUUAUUCAUCGAGUUCUAUACUUCCCAUAGAAGAAAAUAUUGAAAAGACGAGAUACAUUAUUGUUAUUAUUAAUUUCUUAUUCACAUUAAUGAAAACCAAAUUUUAUGAAAACAUACAUGAAAAUACUUUCGAAUAUAUAGAUUAUUUUAUUGAGCAGUUAAAAAAAAGUGUUAGCAUGAAAAAUAUAAAACUUGUGUGUGGAUAUAUAUCACUUUUAUUAAAUUAUUCUUUGAAUAAAAAAACAAAUAAUUUAAACGAAACAGCAGAUUUAAAGUCAAGUGUAUUUAUAAAAAAUAUUCAUUACAACAACCAACCUAAUAUUAUUAAAAUACACAAAGCUUUAUAUGAAUCAGGGGCAUUGACAUUUUUGAUAUCUUCAUUAUACGAAUCAAAAGACUCUUUAAUAAUUUAUAAUUGCAUUUAUUCAAUAUCUUUUCUAUUGUAUAAAAAAUCUAUCUUAGAUCUUGAUAAAAAUAUUGAACUUGCAAAUAUGAAAAUUGCCAUUUUAAAUAUCGUUAGACAUUACUAUAAUUUAGAUAACUAUUUAGAUAAUUACACAGAAAAUUUUAUUGAUUAUAAAGGAUUUUUAAAAGGAAAUUCAAAAAAAAAUUUAACAUCACAAGACGAUGAUAGUUACAAUAGUUUUUUAAACAAAUUAAACAAAAGAAGUUCAUAUGAUCGUGAUGGUAUAAAUAGAAAAUACUUAUAUGAAGACGAAAAUAAAUUUUUAUUAAAUGAAAAGAAUGAUAAAUAUUUUCCAAGGCAUAUGACUGCAAAUUUUUCUAAAAAUAUGGGAAACAAUGAUAUAGGAAAUAAAAAUAUUUUCCCAUUCUCAAAAUAUAAAUACGAAAAUGCAAAUUAUGAAAAUUCUUUUUUUCGUAAUUUUGAUAAAAUUUUUUUUGAGACAGUAAAAAAUAAAAAAAGUUCUUUUAAUUUUUAUUUUGACACUAUUUAUAACACGCAAUACUUAUUUAAUUUUCUAUUACAUAAUUUUCUGUUCUAUUCAAAAGACGCAGACGAAUAUUCAAAAAAAUAUCUGUUAAAUAUUUUAUUGCACAAUAAUAUAACUAGAUCAUCUGACAUUACCUUUUACUCAAACAAAAUAAAAAACAUGAAUUCGCAAUUUAAUGAGCUUCAAUCGAGAUUAGAACUUUAUAAACAAGAUUUAGAGAGAUAUAAAGAUGUCAUAAAUGUAUUAAAUAAAGAAAUCGAAGAAAAAGAUAGUGUCCACAAUACCUUAAUCCAAAAACUUAAAAAAGAAAAUGAAAUAGAGUUAAAUAGGAAACUUCAAGAAACAAACAAUCUGGAAAAUAUAAUUUCUCAAAAAAAUGAUAUUAUAGACGAGCUUCAAAGAAAGUAUGAAGAAAUGUAUUUGCAAAAAAAGGAAACAGAAGAAGAAAAUGUGAAUAUAAAAAAUAGGACAGUUUCAAUGGAAUCCCUAUUAAAAUCCCUUCAAACAAAAUAUACACAAAUACAGAGCCAAAAUAAAACAUUAAAUAAUAAAAUAAGUGACCAAACUAAUAGAAUUAAUGAAGGAAUAAAUGUCAUAAAUUCGCUCAAUAGUGAAAAUGAAAAGCUAAAAACUAUAGAAGAAAACCAAAACAAUGAAUUGGAAGGAACUUUCAAAAAAUUGAUUGUUGUUGUUAAAGAGCUGAGCAAUAAAAAAAAAGAAUUAGAUGAAAAAGACAAAAACAUUAAAAAAUUUAGUAAUGAUAUACAAGAGUUAAAAACUAUAAUAAACAAAAGUGAUAAUGAAUUAAAGGAACAAACUUUAAUAAUUGAAAAUUUCACGGGAUUAAAUAAAAACUUAAACGAAGAAUUAAAUAAUGCCAAUAAAAAUCUGGAAAUAUCAAAGAGAUACAUUAUGAACUAUGAAAAAAAUGAAGAAGAAAUGAAAAAUAGAAUAAUGAAGUUAGAAAAGGAGCUUUAUGAAAAGACUGAAGAAUGCGACAUAAAAACACAAAAACUUAUGCUCAAGGAAAAGGAAUUAGCUGACAAGGAGAUUCAACUUAAAAAAAUAGCAUCAGUCAUUAUUAAUUAA